GUAACAAGCGCAUGUUUCGCUGGGAGCGUUGUCUCGCCGCGUCACGAGUUCCUUCAUCUGCUUUUCAUGCGGAAUCGUGUUCGAUCCGGUGAAAAUCCGCGAUUCCGAAGUCAGAGUUCAAUGACGAGGAUUAUGGGAGGCGAAACAGAGAAGGCAGCAGGCGAACUCGCGGAGCGUGAUCCGAGCUAUUCGCCCGUGUGUGUCAAUUGAGAAAGAGAGGAUCCAAGUGCCAAACAGUCCCCAGGACUGAGCCAUGACGUCACCGGUUGAAACUACGUCUCCCGAUACAGAGGAUGUCGAGCCGCAAGACGCAAGAUUACUCAGCGAGGAGCAAGUUACGCCUGUUAUGGAAAAAAUGCAGAUCGAGGAACUCGUCGAGGAAAUUCGUCCGUCGUCGGCGCCGAGAGUGAUAGAAGUCGACAGUUUGGUGUCCUGGCUCGUGGCCGUUUCUUGUUCAUGGAUUAUGUUCUGGUCGUUAUUAGUCAACCGUACCAGUGGCUUGCUCUACCUAUCGCUCAAAAACGAGUUCAAUAUGACCCGGGAAGAGGCAGCAGCUCCAAUGUCGAUGGCCGGCGCUAUUUCAAAUAUUUUCGCGAUGGUCAGCGGCCUCCUCCUCAAGAAGCUUCCAUUGCCCGUGGUCAGUUCAUUCGGUAUAGUCCUGACCAGUAUUGGUGUGCUCCUGGCAGGCGCAAUCUACACGCCAAUUGUUAUCACAUACAGCUUGGGGAUUUUGACAGCGAUCGGUCAGUCGAUGAUUUUCCCUACUAACAUGGUGGCUGUAAACACGUACUUCAAGAAAAACCGCAGCACAGCCUCCGGUAUAAGUUACAUGGGUGGAACUCUCGUCUCGUUCUUCAUGCCUUUCGCCUACGAGGCCAUGGAACAAAGCGUCGGAUUCCGGUGGACGUUGCUGAUCACUGGUGCUCUUAUAUUGAACGGUGUUUUUGGAGCCUGCGUUCUGCGGUAUCCAGCCCAAAAUACGGAGAAGGAGCCGAAGGAUAAUAAUAAUGUCUGUGAUGAAGAGAACAAAACUGUCGCCAAAUCGGAUGCAGCUCCCAUGCCACUCUCAGCACAACUUGCAUUCAUCAAGCGACCGAUAUUUCUCCUGAUUGUUGUGACUGGAAUUGUGUUCGCAUACGAGCUCGUGCUCUUCAAUUUGACCGUCGUUGCGUUCGCGAAUGAGAAGGAUCUCGCUGGUAAAGGCCCCUUGUUCACCCUGUGGUUCUACGCCGCCGGCGAUGCCAUAGGAAGAUUGUUCUCGGGUCAACUCUCCGAUCGCGGCGUGCUCCGUAGGAGGACCGUUAUGGCCUUAGGAUAUCUCCUGGUGUCCAUCGCCACUUUCGGGCUUGCUCUGAGCUCCCAUCAGAUUGUCUUCUUCCUCUUUUGUUUUUUGUUCGGUUUGGCCGCAGGAUCGAUAAUGAUCCUCUUCUCCGUUUUGUUGACUGAAUAUCUCGGCCUGGCGAACCUCCCAUUAGCGAUAGGAGUCCAUUGCCUCAUCAACGGACUAGCCGCAUUGCCGAGGCCAAAGCUAUUCAAAAUUCUUGUGAAGAACGAGACGCAGCACAUCGCCCUUUAUUAUUUCAUGGCAUUGAUAGCCGUCGCCACGGCCGUUGUCUGGGGCCUCCACUGCCUGUACAUGAAUAUAAGAAAACAUUUUGGAAGACUGCGGCGUCAUCCACGCAGCGUGUUAUGA